AAAUGACCAUGAGGAGGCUUGGGAAGCCCUUCCUCUGGUUCUCAGCCAUUUCCUUUGCACUCGUCUCCGUUCUACUAUCCUUCAACACCUUUCCUCCUGCUACAGUCCUUUCUGAGACUCCCACUAGCAGUGGCGACCUACUCGGUAACAUCGUGAGCAGUGUGCUAAGCCCGAGCUCAGCCUUCAUCGACAAUGUCGUGUCUUUGAUCGAGCAAGUGCUGUGGCGAGGGCACCACCACCACCACCACCGCCACCGCCGGCAAAAUCACCGGAGGAGACGACGUAGAGCAUGCGACAACUCGAAGUGGGUGUCGCCGCUCGCGUUGGAGCAGAAUGCAACACUAAUCCUGACAGUGGAUCAGAAAGGGUGCGCAAACUUCAGCAGCGUGCAGAGAGCAAUCGACGCCGUGCCAGACUACAGUCCGAGUCGGACUCUCAUCAUCCUCGACUCCGGCGUAUACAGGGAGAAGUUAUUCGUGUGGGCUAACAAGACCAACAUCACAAUGCAAGGCCAAGGUUUCUUGAACACCUCCAUUGCAUGGAACGACACCGCCAACUCCACUGGAGGAACUAUCUACAGUGCUUCUGUCUCCAUCUUUUCCUUCAAUUUCAUAGCAUACAACAUAAGUUUUCAGAACACAGCACCUCCUGCAUCCCCUGGCGACGUUGGAGCGCAAGCGGUGGCGCUUAGAAUAGCCGGAGACCAAGCAGCCCUCUAUGGCUGCGGAUUCUACGGGGCGCAAGACACGCUGCUCGACGAGCGCGGGAGGCAUUACUUUCGUGAGUGCUUCAUCGAAGGCUCGAUCGAUUUCAUCUUUGGCAACGCCAGAUCACUGUACGAGGCCUGCACGAUCAAUUCCAUAGCAAAGCAAGCAACCAGCGACGUGGGCGGUGUCACCGGAUGCAUCACGGCUCAUGGAAGGUCGUCGGCGACCGAGAAGACGGGGUUUUCCUUCGUCAAUUGCAGCAUCGGUGGAACAGGGAAAGUGUGGCUUGGCAGAGCAUGGUGGCCUUACGCAACUGUGGUCUUCUCCAGAACGUACAUGGCGAGCAUCAUAGCUCCUGAAGGAUGGAAUGACUGGAAUGAUCCGAGCAGAGACCAGUCAGUAUACUUUGGCGAGUAUGAAUGCAUGGGUCCAGGAGCCAACUACACACUAAGAACAUCAUAUGCUAAGCAACUGGAUCAGUGUCAAGCAGCCUCCUUCAUGGACAUCUCCUACGUCGAAGGGAAGGAUUGGGUGCUUCCUCCUAAUCACAACAACUGGUACAAUCCAUGUGAGAAACGAAGGCACCGAGCUCAUAUCAGAACAAACCAAGCUGAAAUGGAUGAUCAGAAGGCAGAAGACAUGUAAUCCAAGCGCUUCAUGUCGAUUUACAUCACCUGUUUCCUGACAAGAUACUACUAAAAGGGCAAUUAUCGAUUUCUCAUAAUAGAGAAAUGACAUCAUUAUUCAAUAUAGUAAGUUAAGAUACUUGAUGUGAGUGUCUCUGUACUAUGAAAUUGAUGGCUCAUUCUGUGGUU